GCAUUUGCAUAAUGCAUAAAUUGAAAAGUAGAACCAAACUUGACAUUGGUUUAUGUGUUUUGUCUACUCAUUCACUGCCAUGGCUGUUCAUUUCACCGUUCUUCUCCUCUUCAGUGUACUCAGAGGACUUCACAGCAUAACUACAGUCAGUAAAGUAUCAGUGAAAACUGGAAAAUCUAUCUCCAUCCCAUGUCUCUAUGACUCACAAUAUGUUAAUAAUGUGAAGUACUUGUGUGAAGGAUAUUAUUGGACGUACUGCAGCGAUGCAGUAAAAACAAACAAACCAGACCCUUCAGGAAAAUAUUUAAUCUCUGAUGACAAAAGAAAGAAAAUUUUUACUGUGACUAUAAACCAGCUGACCAAUGAAAACGCUGAUUACUGGUGUGCAGUGGGGAUUGAUGGACGGGUGGAUGAUGGAGUGCAUUUUCAACUGUCAGUUACCAGUGAUACCCCCAGUCUCUAUGUCGAUCAUCAGAAGAUUACAGGAUAUAUUGGCGAAAGCAUAACCAUCAGAUGUCACCACAGUAACUCUGGAGAAAUGAAGUGGUGCAGGCUGGGCAGGAACUGUGUGACAGGAUCAUUUGGAUCCAUAGAUGGAACAACAGUGACCGCUCACAUGAGGGACCCAAAUGUUUUCACAGUGACCAUGAGUGGACUAAAAUUAGAGAACAGUGGCUGGUAUUGGUGUGCUAAAGGGGACAUUCAGAUACCAGUAUAUUUAACUGUUACUGAAAAACCAAUUACUACCACUACCCCUACUACUACUACUACUACUACUACUACCACCACUACUACUACUACUGUUACUACUACUACUUCGACUACUUCGACUACUACUGUUGCUGAAAAUGGAACAUUUACCACAAAAGAACAACAGAGCAAAUCUACAGUAGCAGAAAAUAAACACAGAGCUUCAUUUGACCUAAAGAUCCUCAUCGCUCCUCUUGGUGUGCUGAUCUUGUUAAUUUUGAUGUUCUUCUGGUUUAUUUUAAAACAGAAGCAGAGCAAAGCAGAAUCAUUGGCCACAGCAAUGGUGGAAGAGGAAGUAACAUAUUCCAUUGGUGUGUACAUGCAAAAAAAACCACCAGAGGCAUCAUUUGCUGAAAGUGAUGCUGAGAGCAUGUACAGUUCUGUGUUUUACCUUAAAGAAACAAAGGAGUAAAUGAAAAGACACAGACAUUAUAUAUAGCACAGUGAAACAUUAUAAAAUUAUAUAUAUGUAUAUAUUUUGCUUUCUUAUCUGUAUACAUAUUACUAGAGUCUGUUAGAUUACAUAUUUUGACUGCUGUUAUUAUCUUGUUGUGUAUUAACUUGUAUGUUCUUCUCUUUAACUAUUGUUUAAUGAAUUUCCUGCAUGGCUGCAUAAAAGCUUGUUGCACAGUUUUUGAUUACAGCUUGUUGUCAUUUUAAAGAUGACUGGCAUGUUCAGUGGCUUUAGUGUAAUAAAUGAACAUCAUAAACACCAACAUUGUCGAGAGAGGUGGGACGGAGACAGAUGUCCCCCUGGAUUACCUGUCAUCACAUCUGUGAGAGGGUAAAAGGCCUUAACAUCCAGCCUUUUGUGAGUUUUCGAGUAUGUGCAUUUGGUAAUAGUAAAUCAUCUUUUUUCUUAAUCAUAAAUAUAAUUAAGUUAUGUUUAAUUAAUAUGGUGAAUGAGAAAUGUGGUUUGACUAAUGAAAAUUAUGUUAAUGUCUAGAUUUUGUGUGCAUAGACAUGAUCCAGCUUCGACCGUAGCAGAGAAAUGUGUCACCAAUCCAAUAUUAUACAUGAUUCCUAAUAAGAGAAAUGGUAUUAAGUACUUGUUGACUAAAGAAACAUUAUUCAUAUGUGAUUUUGCUGACAGUUAAUUAUGCUUAAUUGCUUCAUACUGAUCAGAAUAUCAUCAGGUAUAAGUUUUUCACAUAUAUUGAAUAAGACGAUAUCAUUUAAAAUGAUGAUAUUCCUCUGUAUUUGAAUUAACAAGAGAUUAUGUGAAAAUGGAUGUUCAUGUGAGAAUGAGCUAAUGUGAAGUAUACAGUGUUCAUCUGUGACUGAUUGUUCAUAUGGAACAGAAUUUUCUGUUAAGAAUGACAUAGAAGAGAACAAAAUGUAAUUAAGUGGUUUUAUUGUUUUAAAUGAUGUAUGUGAAAAAGUCACUUUGUGAAACACUAAAGGGAAAAACCUGAGUAUUAAUCCAUUUUAGUGUGAAUCAGACUACUUGUUUUUUUUAUUAAGAAGAAUUAUGUUAAAAGAAUUACAAAAAUCUGAAAAGUCAUUACCUACAUUUUAAAAUAUUUAGUUAACAAUCACUCAAAACAAAUGUGACUUAUUAAAAAUAAUACAUCUGAGAAACAUUUUAUAGAUACGUGUUAUUAUCCAUCUAUCUUAUGUAUGAAAUAUUUUUGAGUUGUGUUAUUAUUUUUUGAAGCCUACAGUGGCUGUUUUACUGUAAGUCUGCUGUAUAUUUUGAUGAUACCUCGCCUGUAUGAUCCACU